CAACUACAGCAUUUGAAUGGCUUUUGGAGUUGUUUUGUUCUCCGAAUCCAUGGGGUCCCCCCGUUCUCGCGGAGGGGUCCCUUUUGCUGGCUAAAUCCUUGUCGUCUGCGUCCAACGAGACAGAGCAAGGACAAUUAGAUGGCUUCGAUGGACAAAGAGUCUCAGAGUACAAAGAUCGAGACUCACCACUCUGCCCCUCCCCUCGACGAAAGUCUUUAUGGCUUGCGCCCCCAGGACGCUGUAUUUUUCAAGAAACUAACUGGGAUCGAAGACGAUGCUGUUCUGAAGCAGCAUAUAUUGGAUAUUCAAGCAAAAGCAUACAAGGUUGCCCCUUAUGGGUGCAUUUAUCUUUUUGUUUUUACCAGACACAGACUGUCAGCGCUACCUGCUUAUCAGCAAGUCUUGCGCCUCGGACAUGAAUGCAAGAACCCAAUUUUCCUUGACAUCGGCUGCUGCUUUGGCAAUGACAUUAGGGAGGCGGUUUUAGACGGGUUUCCUGCAGUUCGGGCCAUCGGAUGCGAUCUUCGCCCAGAACUCUGGAAUCUGGGGCAUGAACUCUUCAAGUCGUCUCCGGAUACCUUUCCAGCUCAUUUUGUGGGCGGUGAUGCCUUCGACCCGGAAAUCCUCUCCAUCGCUCCACCUGCGUCCAUGCAGAUAGCAGGAGCUCUAACUCCCGAUCUCAGCAACCUCACAUCGUUGAAUCCUUUACGCGGAUGUGUCUCCGCAAUUCACGCAACAGCCUUCUUCCACCUGUUUAAAGAAGAUCAGCAGCUGCACAUGGCCCGUGCGUUUGCUGGCCUGCUCUCCGUUGAACCAGGCUCCGUCAUUCUCGGAGCGCACACAGGCACCCAAGAGAAGGGUGUCAUGAAUAAAGUAGUCAGAGACCUCGAGCUUGACAUGUUUACCCACAGCGCCGAGAGCUGGACUGCCAUGUGGGAUGGUGAAGUAUUCGAGAAGGGGACGGUCAAGGUGGAGGCAGAGUUGAGGCAAACGUCCGUGUCUGUGGGAAGUGACGAACACUACCCAAUUUUGUUCUGGUCUGUGACCAGACUGUGAGUAUUUUUCUUCCUCGCCACUGGUAGAAACAACACCAGCCUGUGAUAUACAAUUUUCGGAUGCCACUCCAGACAAGUGAUAUCAACUUUUCAAGCGUUGCUGGGUGAGAAGACAGUCCGACCUCUGACACCUGGUGAUCACCGUGUCAUCCGUGUAUGUUUGGAUUACUCAAGGGCUCAGAAUGGUGGAGCAUGUAUGCUACUGACCGACCUCAAGGAACUUCUCCAGAUGUUGAUUGCAAGUCUUCCGUUGAAGCAUACUUCAUACUAGAUAACAAAAAUAAUAAUAC